CUUAUUUUGAUAGAUCGAAUAUGUUCCAGUAAUUGUCGUUGUCGACGAAAAAUCGUUUAAUUUUUGCUUUUAAAAGGAGUCUUCUUGUAACUAUGGAAAAAGCGAUGCGCCAGGUUAGAAGAGUUGUCCAUCGGCGACGUGAUAUUGACCAUGACCGGUCACCACUUUACAGUUCUUCCUCGGAAAAAAGUAAAGACUUUUAUAUGAGCCAGAUGGAUCUGCGACAAGUUCUUGAACGGUGGGUGGGUGAUCAUGUAGAGUUUGAAGCAGAAGAUUUGAUUGCCCCCCCGGAUCGUAAUGUCGUACCCUAUACAUUUCAAAUUAAGGUUACAAUAAGUACAUAUCCACGUUUACUCGUUGAUUACAAUCUAUUUGUGAAAAUGUUACUGGAGGAUCGGUACCACUUGGCAAAGAGAGAGCGUGCUUAUAUGAGGUUAGAUAUACUGACUAAUCUCAAAAAAGAAAUUCUAAUAUAUAAAGUUGUUAUACCAAAAAUUAAAACAUUUCAAAAACUAAAUCUGAUUAUGAACGAAUUUCGCGCUUCAAAUUUGUUCUCAAAAUGUAUUGGAACCAGAUUGAGUACCAAGCCAGUUCUUCCAGAUCUACCCGAUCACUCUAGUGCAAUAGUGAUGUUUAACCCAUACGAAAAAUAUACAUUUCAAACGUGUGAAACGGAAGGUAGCAGAUAUAACGGAUUUACUUAUGACAUUGCCAUACUGAUUCUACGAGACAUGGCUCAUUUUCACGCAGGUACAAUCGCCAUGCGUCUUAAAGAUAAUAUUAAAUUUGUAAGAAAAAUUAUUCCGAUUUUAAAUUUGAAAGUGAAGGAGUUUGAGCAAACGCCUCCUUUUGAAAUGCUUUGCAAAGACUUGAUUAGCUAUGGGCUAAGAGAUCUCGAAUUGCCAGAUGAUCAAAUGGUGGCUCUUCAAGAUUCCCUCCAGCUUUCUAGAUUAUAUGAUCGGUUUGUUAGAGAAGAAACAGAUCAUACUUGGUAUGCAUUAAGCUAUUCCCGAUAUAGCAUGUCCUAUAUAAUGACAAACAAUACAUGUGCCAAUGCAACUAAGCCAAGCAAAUUGAUCGACUUGCAUCGAAUAGGUUUUGAUAAUUGCUGUAAAGAUUUGGUAUCCUUUAUAUUCACAAGCGUAAGACCUGAGAGUUUCGAUGAGCAACGGAGUUUUGAAAAUUUGUUGCAAGUAUAUAACCGUGAAUUUAUACGUACUUUACAACGGCAUAGAGUCCCCAUCGCUAAAUACACCUGGGACAAUUUUAAAGCAGAAUUUAACACUGUGGGGGAGAGAAUGUUAGCUACUAUUUUUAUGAACAUUAGGACUAGUUUUUGCAGAAACUAUAAGGGCGAUGGAGAUCCAAUCUUAAGUAACGAAUAUCGCAAAAGAAUUAAAGCUACUGUAAAAAUGAUGACACUUUUUAAAUGGAUAAAGGCUUCUGACUUCAAUUCUUCAGUAGCUUUCCCUGAUAGGGAUUUAAUUGUGUUGAUCUAACUACAUUACGUAUGCAAGUACGUUUCAUAAAAUGUGUUUUUUAUUACUUUAUCAUACCAUGUUAUUUCAAAUGUAUCAAAAGAAGUACAAUUCCUUUAUUGAACCAUUUUUCUGUAUAAAAAUGAGCAAACUGAGGUGCAUAAUCGUUUCUAUUUGAACUAAUUUCUGUUCAAAUGAACGAUUGUAUGUAAGUGUGAUUAUCAUAGAGUCAAAGUCAAUAUAUGUUAAACUAGAUUUAGCAUACUUCUGUCUUAUAGUGUAUAAUUAAGAAACAUCUUUCAUAUUUAUAACUUUGUUUUCGUUUUAUUGCAUUUUUACUACUUUUUCCAUACACCCAAUUUAGAAAGCAAAAUGAAUGUUAUUUAUUUUUGUCACUUUUUAAUCGAAAUGCAAUAAAUAAACAGCAAAUAUGCAAGACGUUUUUCAUUGCUGAAUUGCCAGAUUUGAAACUAGUUACAUGGAAAAA